UUAAAUUAUGCCACUCUUUACUUUCCUUAUCAAAUCCCGAAUACCUCAAUUAAUUAAUGAUUUUUCUCCCAAUGAAAUCAUGCCAUCUCUUUUUCUUUUUCCUUUUCCUUUCCUUUGACGUCUGAAUUGAUCUGAGCGACAUUGCAUCACUCCUCAUCAUGUGAUUCUCUCCAAUUAUACCCUUAGCGUGGAAAAUCUCCAUUAUGCCUCUUCAUUCAUUCAUUCAUUCGAAGAAUUCUGGACAUUCGCGACCAUGACCGUUAUUAAAUCUCAGGAAGAACUUGCCAUUGAGCCCAUUGAGUCUAUUGAGUCUAUUGACUCUAUUGAGGAGCUGCGCCGGAAAUUGGCUGCCGUCACACUCGAGCUAAGAAACACUCAACUGGAUCUUAUGGACACCAAGGAUGACCUCGAGUCUUCUCAGGCAGACCUUGAUGCGGCUCUAUCUAAUCUUGAGGAGAAAGAGCUAGAGUUGAAAAAUACUAAGCUCGCUCCUGCCAACAGUGAGUAUGCACGCCAGGUGGCCAAAGUCGAGCUUGAUAAAGAAUUGUCCAGCCACGCCGAGACCAAACUUGAGCUGAAGAACAUUAAAGGCGCUCUCGUCAACAGUGAGCGUGCGCACCAGGAGGCCAACCGUGAUCGAGUUAUGCCGCGUACGCACAAAGAGCAGGAAGUCUUUAUCGUUGUAAAGUUUCAAAUCCCUCAACCACGAUUCCGCAUCUUUGCAAUGAAACGACAGACGGUUGACCGUGUGUUGAAGCAGUUUUUUGCUGAUCACGCUAAUCUGGACCCCAUUGAGAUUAAGAAGUUGCGGUUUGAUCCUUCGCCAAGAGGUGAAAAUGUCAUUCAGCAUAUGAGGCGUGACAAGGAUGCUCCCAUCAAACUUACCAAUCGAAGCUUUGUUCUCCGGGACAACAAUGACACGGAACCUGAGAUGAUUGAGUAUAUCACAAAGGUCUUCAACACCUACACUGAUAACUGUUCAGAGGCAGCUGUUGUCUCAAAAAGCGAGUAGUCUGAAGGCCUAAACUGUUAUCUCCUUGCGCAGAUCUAUGUUUUUCAUCCGACUCGAGUAAAGACGUGGGUUUCUAUCCCUUGCCUCUUUUUUUCAAAAAAAUAAAUAAAUAAAUAAAUAACG